AUGAUUAAAAAAAAAAGAAACAAUAAAUAUGAAGUUGCUUAAUUGGAUUAAAUUCUAGAGAAACUGGUAAAAGCUAAAAUUCUGAUUACUAUUUCGAAAGAUAAUGAGAUCAUUUACUCAUAAGAUGGAGUCAUUUUGAGAAAGUAAAUAUUCAUUUUUAGUUAUUAAAGUGAAUAAAGUUAAGGCGCUAGUAAGGAAUUUGAUCUAUUAGUAAAUAGGGAAUAAAUCCUAAAUCUAUAUUGGUAAGGAAAUUAUGAUCAAAAUUAACUGAAAAUCGGCAAGUGGACAGCUGCUUGGAAUGGAUAAUAUCUUAAUCUAAUUGGUGGGUACUAUGAGAAUGGAUUAAAGUAAGGCUUAUGGGGUGAAUUAUUUCUGAAUUAUAGGAGGUAAAUAUUCAUUAAGAUAUAUAAAUUAAGUCAAGCCUAAGUAUAUGAAAUAGGAGAAUACAUUCAAGAUCAAAAAUUUGGGAAAUGGAUAUACAUCUAUGAUAAUGAAAAGAUGUAUUUAAUUUUUAAAUUAUUCAGUAUUGGUGGAUCGUAUAAUGAAUAAGGAUUGAAGAAUGGUCAAUGGAAUGAGUUGAAUCAUGGGUUUAUGAAUGAAUCUUAAGUCAUUUAUAAUGGUGAAUAUAAAAAUGGAAAAAAAAUUGGCAUGUGGAAUAUUUUAUAUAGGUGGAAUAUUAAUUAACCCCUUAAAAUAAUGUAAAAUUAUUAUUAAAAAGUAAAUUUUAGCGGUGGUGGAACAUAUGAUUAUAUUGAGUCAAUUAAGAUUGGUAUAUGGAUUGAAUUGUGUGAUAAUUUAUUUAAUAGAUCGCUAGUCGUCUAGCGCGGUUAAUAUAAAUUUGGUUAAAAAAUAGGAAGAUGGGAUAUUUUUUAUGUUGGUGAUAAAAUGUAUAAGAAAUUAUUCAAAUUAUUAGUGGGGGUGGAUUAUAUGAUGAAGUAAAUUAUGGGGUUAAAAUUGGGAGAUGGAUUGAAUUGAGUGAUGGAUUUUGGAGGGAUUCUCAAGUCACAUAUUGUGGUCAAUAUAAAAACGAUAAAAAAGUUGGUAGAUGGGAUAUUUUAUUUAAGGGGAAUCAUUUAUACUCAAAAUAUGAAAAACUGUAAUAAUUACAAUGCUAUAAACUUUAGUGGUGGAGGAUAAUAUGAUGAAAAAAACUCAGUUAAAUUCGGAAGUUGGAUUGAAUUGAGUGAUGGGUUUGGUCGAAAUUCUAAAAUUAUUUAUACUGGCGAAUAUAAAAAUGAUCAAAAAGUUGGUAGAUGGGAUAUUUAGUAUAAGGAGGCCGAUUAAGAACAAUUUUUAUUGAUGUAAAUAAUUCUUAUUAAUAUAUUUAGUGGUGGGGGGUAAUAUGAUAAAAUGGGUGAUGGUAGCAAGAUUGGAAGAUGGAUUGAGAUAAGUGAUGGAUUUUCGGAUGAUUCAAAAUUAACCUAUAAGGGUGAUUAUAAAAAUGGUCAAAAAGUGGGUAUAUGGGAGAGUUUUUGGAGUUGGGUAGGCAAUAAAAAAAUGUAAAAUUAUAAUUUAAACGAAUGAUAAGUGCUGGGGGCUCCUAUGAUGAAAAAGACUCAAUUAAAGUUGGAAGAUGGAUUGAGUUAAGAGAUGGGUUUGGGUUAUAUGAGCAAGUCAUAUAUAAUGGUGAAUAUAAAAAUGGGAAAAAAGUAGGUAGAUGGGACAUUUCGUAUAGACAGAAAGGUAUGGAACAAUUUUAAUAGAUGUAAAAUUAUAUUAUUUUGAGUUUUACAAAAAGUGGUUAGAUAUAGUAUGAUGAAGGAGGUGAUGGUAUUAAGAUUGGAAGAUAGAUUGAAUUGUGGGAUAAAUUUAAUGAUCAUUCGCAAGUGUAUUAUAUUGGAAAAUAUAAAUACGGCCGAAAAGUUGGUAGAUGGGAUAUAUAUUUAAAGAGUGAUUGGAAAUUUUAAUAGAUGUAAGAGUAUUAACUAAAAAAUUAAAGUGGUGGAGGAUCGUAUGACGAGAAAGGGGAGGGGACUAAGAUUGGGAUGUGGAUUGAGUUGCAUGAUGGGUUUAGGAAUUCAAAUUAAAUACUUCAAAAUGGUGAAUAUAAGUAUGGUAAAAAGGUUGGUACCUGGACGCAAAUUAAUUUAAGGAAGAAUUGAU